AAAUGUAGAACUCCUGACCCACUUUUAAUUCGUUACAAAAUUACAAGUUGCUUCCAAACUUUUCAAGAUGACGACCUUUACAAAAGUCUUAGUAGUUAGUGUAGUUGUUUUUGUGAUAGCUAAGUGGUGGAAUAUAUCUGAAUUUCAAGCAGAAUCACUUCGAGGAGCCAGGGUCCUGGUAACUGGCGCCAGUUCAGGUAUUGGGGAACAAAUGGCGUAUCACUACGCUCGUUUUGGGGCCCAAAUUGUUAUCACAUCACGGAGGGAGAAUGUGCUCCAGCAGGUGGCAGAGAAGUGCCUUCGUAUGGGAGCCCAGAAAGCUCUUUACAUUGCAGCAGACAUGUCCAGUGAGACGGACCCUGACAGAGUAGUCGACUUUGCUGUGGACAAACUUGGAGGGUUGGAUUACCUGAUUCUCAACCACAUUGGAGCAUCCAACAUCAGCAUGUGGGACGGAAAUAUAGGCCACCUCAGGUGGCUGAUGAAGGCCAAUUUCUUCAGCUAUGUUCAGAUGGCUUCAAAGGCUUUGCCCACUCUUGUACAAAGUAAAGGCUCACUGGUGGUCAUUUCCUCUCUUGCAGCUAAAAUGUCCUGUCCCUUUGUGGCGCCUUACACCUCCACAAAAUCUGCCUUGAAUGGUUUCUUUGGAUCCCUCUAUCAUGAGCUGGUGAUGAAGAAGAGUAACGUGUCUGUUUCAAUAUGCACACUGGGGCUCAUCGAUACUGAAAAUGCCAUGAAGAAAGUCAGGGGAUCUGUUAACAUGCCAGCCUACCCGGCCUCAGAAGCAGCCAUGAACAUCAUCAUUACAGGAGCUCAGAGACAACCGCAGCUCUUCUACCCCUGGUUUACUAGAGUUUUGAUUCUCUGCAAUGAUUGGUUUCCUUCUGUCGCAAGUUAUUUAAUGGGAAACUCCUUCAACUCCAGCCCAUGAAAAAGAGCCACCCGGGGCACACGUGUGUUUUUCCUGCUUUAUCGCCUU